AUGUUGGCUGCGUUCGCGAAGCGCGCGGCCGGGAUCGCCUCCCGCGCGUCCGCGAGCUCCCUCGCCUCCGCGCGGUCGUCCGCGCAGUUCGACGUCGCGCGCGUCGUGACCACGUCCGCGCCCGCGGCCGCGGCCGCGGAAGCCGCCGCGUCUUCCGCGUCGUCGAAACCUAGCAACCUCCAGGAGUUUCAGAUCUACCGAUGGGACCCGGAGACGGGCGGGAAGCCGCGGUACCAAACGUACAAGGUGGACACGAACGCGUGCGGCCCGAUGAUGCUCGACGUCCUCUUCAAGAUCAAGGACGAGCAGGACAACUCUCUGUCCUUCCGUCGCUCGUGCCGCGAAGGCAUCUGCGGGUCGUGCGCGAUGAACAUCGACGGCGUGAACACUCUCGCGUGCCUGUGCAAGGUUGACAAAUCCUCCGACGCGCCGUUGAAGAUCGCGCCGCUGCCGCACAUGUUCGUAGUCCGCGACCUCGUCGUGGACAUGGCGAACUUCUACGCGCAGUACAAGUCGAUCGAGCCGUACUUGCAGACCGCGGACGGGAGCGAGGUGCUGAAGGGGACGGAGUAUCACCAGAGCAAGGAGGACCGCGCUAAGUUGGACGGCUUGUACGAGUGCAUCCUGUGCGCGUGCUGCAGCACGUCGUGCCCGUCGUACUGGUGGAACAGCGAUCAGUACUUGGGCCCCGCGGUGCUCAUGCAAGCGUACCGGUGGAUCAUCGACUCGAGGGACGGGAAGACGGAGGAGAGAUUGGAUAAGGUGAACGACGCGAUGAAGUUGUUUCGGUGUCACACGAUCAUGAACUGCUCCAAGGUGUGCCCCAAGUCGUUGAACCCGGCGCACGCGAUCGCCAAGGUGAAGGCCAUGGUCACCGCGGCGCACUGAUCGAUCGACGACUGACUUGGACGAUCGAUGGAAGAGAAGACAUAUUCAGAUUCUUUCGAGGCGGCGGCCUGGGGGGGGGGGGACGGGAAAAGGCGAGGCGCCGAAGGACCCCCCCCCGCGCGGCUUCCGCCUCUUUCGACGAGCGGAGCGGACCGGACCGGACGGAGAAGACUGGUCGAAAACUGGUCGUUCCUCGAGGACUUCAGGACGGAGGGAGGGACGACCGACCGACUCGCUCGUCGCGUGGUUGAAAUGUGAUGUGAUGCGUUGUAUA